AUGGCUUUGUCUGUGGACUCUGCUUUGUACCGCUGGCAGCGACUAGGAGCUGAAAGUCCCUCCCAGACUCUAUCCGAAUCGACGCCACUGCUGUUUUCUGUCAGAGACAAAUCAAAAGUCACCUUAAACAAAUGGAGGAUUGUGUUUCCCGACAAUGGGAGACAGUGGCAAGACUGGAAACAAGCUUCUAUGUUUUAUUCUGGAAACAGGAUACAGACCACAAAAUACACAUGGUUCACUUUUUUGCCCCAAAAUCUUUUCAAGCAGUUUCACAGGCUGGGUAAUCUUUAUUUUUUCUUUCUGGCGGUUCUGAACUGGUUCCCACAAGUGGAAGUCUUCCACAGGGAGAUUACUAUGCUGCCUCUGGUUGUCGUGCUGCUUGCCAGUAUGAUUAAGGAUGCUAUGGAAGACUAUAGGAAAUACCAAUUUGAUAAGAUGAUAAACUUCUCUAAAACCAGGGUAUAUGACAAGGAAGAACGUGCUUAUGUUGAGAAAUGCUGGAAAGAUGUCCGAGUGGGGGAUUUUGUGCAGCUGCAGUGUAACGAGACCAUCCCAGCCGACAUCCUACUGCUGUACUCCUCCGAUCAGAACGGGAUCUGUCACUUGGAAACUGCCAACCUCGAUGGGGAGACCAACCUUAAACAACGACGAGUCGUGAUGGGGUUCUCCAGCCAGAAUACUUCGUUUGAACCUGAAUUUUUCCAAAACACCAUCAUCUGUGAAAUGCCUAACAAUGAUCUCAAUAAAUUCAAAGGAUACAUGGAGCAGCCAAAUCAGGAACGAAUUGGUUUUAACAUUGAAAGCCUCUUGCUUCGUGGGUGUACAAUCAGAAAUACUGAGGCUGCAAUAGGAAUUGUUAUAUAUGCAGGUCAUGAAACUAAGGCCAUGCUAAAUAACAAUGGUCCUCGUUACAAGCGCAGCAAGAUAGAGCGGCGGAUGAAUACAGAUAUUUUCUUAUGUGUGGGACUCCUAUUCGUGAUGUGUCUUGUUGGAGCUGUAGGGCAUGGCAUUUGGACUGGAAACUUCUCAGAGCAUCCGCCUUAUGAUGUCCCAGAUGAGAAUGGCAAUUUUCUGUCUCCAGUUCUCGCCGGUUUCUACAUGUUCUUGACAAUGAUAAUCCUGUUGCAGGUUUUAAUCCCCAUUUCUCUUUAUGUGUCCAUUGAGUUAGUCAAGUUGGGCCAAGUCUUCUUAAUUCACAAUGACAUUGACCUGUAUGACGAAGAAGCAGAUUUGCCCAUACAGUGCCGCGCCCUAAAUAUUACUGAAGAUCUUGGACAAAUCCAAUAUAUCUUCUCGGACAAAACUGGGACACUAACAGAAAACAAAAUGGUAUUCCGACGCUGUACUGUCGAUGGAAUUGAGUUUUCACAUCAGGAAAAUGCCAGGCGCCUGGAAACCCACAGAGAGUUGGAUUUAGAUGAUGAGGACUUUGCAAAACUUCAUCAGUUCACUCUUCCUCCCAUGAAUAUUGAGAGACCAGUCACUUACAAGCAGAGGACCGUGAGACCUUUAAGGAGGUGCCAGAGUGCUAGAGCUCAUUUUCAGGGGCAUACGAGGAAUAGGUCCCUCGGUCGUCGUGACAGCAACCAGUCUCAAGUGGCGUUCAGCAGUACCAUAGAGAAGGACGUGACUCCCGAUAGCCGGCUGCUGAGGCGAGUGAGAGAAGCUGCACUCCAGACUGAAAACCUUUCUCCUUUUAUUCAUAUGAAGGCGUCCACAUCCCUUACUGACUUUUUUCUUGCCCUUGCCAUCUGCAAUACAGUCCUAGUCUCCACAGCUACCGAGCCAAGACAAAGGGUCACAGUCCCACCACCAAUAAAACCUUCAGGAAUCACCCUGGAGAAGAUUCAUCAGAUGUUUCAACGGCUAAAAUUAGCAAGCCUUAGUCAGUCUUUUUCAUCAUCUCAGUCUAGUUCAGACCUAGGCGCUAGCUUCAGUGCAAAGAACACUGAGGAGCAUCUUGCUGCGUUGGAUUGCUGUGACAGUGACGACAACUGCUGUGCCAGCAGCCGGGGUGACGAGCUCCAGGGCAAGGGCAGCACAGAUAUUGGUAGCGCUUCCUUGGAUGAGGUUUUUAAAUCCGUGACUAACAGUUCUGUGCCAACAGACUUUUGUUAUGAGGCUGAGAGCCCAGAUGAGGCAGCGCUUGUCUAUGCUGCCCAGGCAUAUAGUUUUACGUUAGUGUCCCGAACUCCUCAACAGGUGACCGUACGGUUGCCACAAGGCACACUCCUGACUUUCGAUAUUCUCUACACUUUGGGAUUUGACUCAGUAAGGAAAAGGAUGUCUGUAGUGGUGAGACACCCUCUAACCAAGGAGAUUGUUGUCUACACAAAAGGAGCUGACUCUGUUAUAAUGGACUUGCUGGAAGACUCUGCCAAAGCUGAUACUAGUGCAGAGAAGAGAAUGAAAAGAAUUAAAGAAAAAACACAGAAGCACCUGGACUAUUAUGCCCGUGAUGGCCUACGAACUCUGUGCAUAGCUAAGAAGGUCUUGAAUGAAGAUGACUUUCAAAAAUGGGCCAAUUUUCGUCAGGAGGCAGAAGCAGCAAUUGACAACAGAGAUGAGCUGUUAAUGGAGACAGCACAGCAUCUGGAGACCAAACUCACCUUGCUGGGAGCCACCGGGAUUGAAGAUCGGCUGCAAGAUGGAGUGCCUGACACUAUUGCGGCUCUUCGAGAAGCUGGGAUACAAAUCUGGGUGUUGACAGGAGACAAGCAGGAAACAGCAGUAAACAUUGCAUAUUCCUGUAAACUCCUGAAGCAAAGAGACACUGUCUUCACCAUUAACACUGAAAAUAAAGAAACUUGUGAAUCUCUCUUGAAUUUAACCUUGGAAGAGGUGAGGAAGAAUUAUGAGGUUGAAAAUCCACGGAGAAAAUUUUUUGGCAUUAUCCCAACAUCUUUCUCAACCUCUGAGGCCCCCAGUCCCAAUUUCGGACUGGUGAUUGACGGACGGACGCUAAACAUCAUCUUCCAGGGGGGCCUGGAGGAGAAGUUCCUGGCGCUGACGAAGCACUGCUGCUCGGUGCUCUGCUGCCGUUCCACCCCUCUUCAGAAGAGUAUGGUGGUCAAGCUCGUCCGCAGGCAGCUUAAAGUGAUGACCCUGUCGAUAGGCGAUGGUGCAAAUGAUGUAAGUAUGAUUCAAGCAGCUGAUGUUGGAAUUGGAAUAUCUGGCCAAGAAGGCAUGCAGGCUGUGAUGGCUAGUGACUUUGCAAUAUCCCGAUUUAAGCAUCUAAAAAAAUUGCUUCUUGUCCAUGGACAUUGGUGUUAUGCUCGCCUAGCAAAGAUGGUGAUUUACUUUUUCUACAAAAACGUGAGCUACGUCAACCUGCUCUUCUGGUACCAGUUCUUCUGUGGGUUCUCAGGCAGCACGAUGAUAGAUUACUGGCAGAUGAUUUUUUUCAAUCUCUUCUUCACCUCGAUGCCCCCUCUUCUCUUUGGAGUCCUGGAUAGAGACGUUUCUGCAGAAACACUUCUAGGUUUGCCUGCAUUGUACAAGAAUGGACAAAAUUCAGAGAUAUACAAGCUGUCAACUUUUAUUAUUACAAUGUUGGAUGCCUUCUACCAGAGCCUCAUUUGCUUCUUUGUCCCCUAUUUGACAUAUGAGGACUCUGACAUAGAUGUGUUUUCCUUUGGAAACCCCAUCAAUACCAUCUCCCUCCUGACCAUUCUCUUGCACCAGGCUCUAGAAAUGAAAACGUGGACCCUGUUCCAUGUGGUAACGAUGAUUGGCAGUGUGGUCUUUUACCUCGUCUUCUCUCUGAUCUACAAUGGCGUCUGCGUGGCCUGCAACCCUCCCACCAACCCCUACUGGAUUAUGGAGAAGCAGCUUUCAGACCCCACCUUCUACUUACUGUGUCUUAUCACCCCAGUCGUUGCGCUCCUGCCAAGGUUCUUUAUUUUUGCUCUGCAAGGAACCUUUGGAGCGUCUCUGACUCUGAAAGCACAGCAACUAGAUAAGCUUCCUAAAGGGCAACAGGAUCUUGAAAUCCAGAAAUUGAGAUCAAGAAAGCAAACUACUUCUGGUGCACCUGUAGCAUCUCCUGCAUCUAAUGAUGACCUUGAACAAAACAUCAGCCACUUAUGUGUGUCACCAUUUUUACAUCUGGCGGCAGCAGAUGUGUCUCAUGGGGACACAGAAUGUCAGGGACUUUCUGCCUCUGAACUGAAUCCUCUCGGGAAACAGACACCUGAAGAGGGCUACUAUUUCUUUAAUAGGUGGGCAGAGGAAGAAUCUACUGCUACAGACUCUUCAGCACAUUACCCCCUUGUACCCAACAGGGUAACAACUCAUGGACAGGAGGGUGGCAAAGUGACUAAAGAUAACGCUAACAAAUUUAACCAUGGAAGCCAUCGGCGAUCUGUGAGUGCAGUGACGCUCUGA